CUCUCGCGGAUAUCGAAAACAUACGCCAUGUUAAUUCAAGAGUCGUACAAAGAUGUGCCCACCCAGGCCGGUGGUGAUAUGAGAAUCUUCCUCUUCCACCCCACCAUUCCGAACUACCCCAAAGCCAAGUUUCCCGGCGUCGUCGUAUUUUCCGAGAUCUACCAAGUAACCGGCCCCGUAUCCCGCUUUGCCCGCCAAAUCGCCUCACAAGGCUACAUCGUCGCAGCACCCUCCUCCUACCACGAAUUCACAGGCCCCGAACCCCUCGCCUACGACGGCCCAGGCACAGACGCAGGCAACGAGUGGAAAAUAACCAAAAAAGUAUCAGCCUACGACGAAGACGCCACCCUAAGCGUCGACACUCUCCUCUCGCUGCCAACAUGCACGGGCCGGAUCGGAGCCACCGGCAUGUGCCUCGGUGGACACCUCGCCUACCGCUGCGCACUGGACCCGCGCGUCUCCGCCGCAAUCUGCUACUUCGCAACCGACAUGCACAGCCGCAGCCUGGGCGCGGGCAAAGCCGACGACUCGCUCGCGCGUGCGCGCGACAUCAGGGGCGAACUCGUCAUGAUCUUCGGGAAGCUGGAUAACCAUGUGCCGCCCGAGGGCAGGGAUUUGAUCCGCAAGAUGCUGCAUGAGGCGGGCGUGACGUUUAGCUUUUUCGAGCCCGCAUGGGCGCAGCAUGCGUUUAUUCGCGAUGAGCUGAGCAAGGGACGCUACGAUCCUGCGCUGUCGGGCAUAUGCUUCGAGAUGCUGAAGGAGCUGUUUGGCCGGACGCUGCGCUCCGAUCUAGGACCAUGUAGUGGUGAGGACAUCGAGGUGGAGAACGUGUGCUAAAACGGGGCGACGGCUAGGUGUCCUCAAGAGGAAGGGGAUUGCGAGGACUGAAUUCUCCCAGUCUACCUUAAGUUCGACGGUUCAGGGAUAAUUAUACAAUUACGAUAUCCCACAUGAACAUGAGCCCUCACAUACACGGCAAGCCAUCGGACU